UUGAUGGUCAUCGUUACCACUGGCCGAUACAGCUGCGAUAUUUUCUUCAGUUCGCACUCUACGUAAGCGUGUUGGUGGUUUGAUGUCCAAUAAUGUAAAUUUGGUUCUAAAUUUAACUGACCAUAAAAUGGAAGAAGCGGGCGAUAAACUUUCUUAACAGAACACGCGUUUUUAUAAUAAAAUUCAAUGAUUUGCAAGCGUUGUUCGAUUGUAAGACGAUUCAUGGUUAAAUUAAAUACCAAACUGAAGAUGUUUGAAACAGUGAAGAGUGAAACAAAACACGAAACGUGCGUCAGUUAAAAAAUCACCCGUUACAUAUAUCAUCCGGCGGCUGUUAAACAUCACCUAUCCUUACGUUCAUAUCGCCCAUUAUGCAAAGAUUUUUCUUCGUGCUUUCUUUCAAGUACUCCCUUAACCUUGACGCUUCUUCGUGCCAAUCUGCUCCUCGGAUACAUUGAGGUAUGAACGAGAAAAAUUUGUCUUUUAUGUUGAUUCUUAAAAUAUCUGUACGGUUUUUAUUUAUAAAAUUAUACUGGAUUCCUCUUUUCUUCAAUUCCUUAUUAUCGCCAUACAGACACCCACCACUUGCUCUUCACAAUAUACUGUUAUGGCUUGCUGCCUUCCAAAAGAUAUGGAAACCCAUGAAAUAUUUUUUAGCCUGGUUGAUUUUUUCGUCAGCUAAAUGUGACUCUUUCAGUAGGAAAAUAUUAUGAUUUCGAAUUUUGUCGAAGAAUUCGAGACCAUUAAUGUUGUACUGGGUUGCACAUAUUCGACGGACCCAUGUGCUUCGUAACGUAACCCAUGCAUUUUCCAUAGUUUUAUACGACGUUUCCACCAAAAGCAAACACGGUGUUUGCAGGAGUUGUGUUUGGGAGAACUGUCAACUGUUUCCACCGAAAGUUUGGGAGAAACUGUGUUUGAACUGUCUUUUGUUGACAUUGUGAAAUAAGAAUUAUAAAAAUUGAUAAAAUUAUAAAAUGGUGCAUAAAAUUCAAUUUGUUAUGUUGAUUUUAUCAUUUUAUUUUAAAAUAAUUGAUAGUGAGUUGGUCACAUAUUAUUUAAAAAAAAGGUUAAGGGAAAAUAAAAUAAUUUUAAGCGUUGCUGCCAAUUUAAUGCGUUCGCAAAGUGUAUGGUCUUUGGAACAUUCCAGUACCUUUUGGGAAGUAGACUGCCAGAGUAAUGGGGACAAGUUUUUCAAAGAUAAUUUCCGAAUGGAAAGAUCCUGCUUUGAAAAAUUGUGCAGCAAACUUGAAAAAAUAGCCAAAAGAAAAACGAACUAUCGAAACCCGAUUUCACUAAAAAAGCGCGUGGCAAUUGCUCUGUAUGCACUAGGAUCUUCUAGUGAAUACAGAUCAAUUGGACAUUUGUUUGGAGUAGGCAAAGCAACUGUUUGCAAAAUACUCAUCGAGUUUUGCAAUGAAGUUGGGACAUCUUUGGCUCCAAUAUAUUUGAAAAAUUUUCCACUGACAAGGGCGCAAAUUGAGAAUGGAGUCGCAGAUUUUAAUGCAAUGGGCUAUCCACAAUGUAUUGGAGCAAUAGGUAGGUUUAUAAGUAAUGCGAUAAAAAUAACGUUUAAUCAAAAGCAUCUUUAUUAUACAGAUGGAUGUCAUAUUGAAAUUCAUCCAAGAAAGGAAGAAGCCAUUGAUUACUACAACUACAAAGGGUGGUAUUCCGUAGUACUAUUGGCUUUGGUAGACGCAAAAUAUAGAUUUGUUUAUAUACAUUGCGGCAGUCCUGGAAGAUGCAACGACUCCGGAAUUUUUGAAAAACCAUCGCUAAAGCGCGAGUUGCAAAGUUGUGCACUUCUUGAUGAAUUGAGCUUGCUGUAUGGAUCCACAAAAAUACCAGUCCAUAUUAUAGGGGACUCUGCUUUUCGUCUCUCUCAGCAUUUAAUGAAGCCAUAUCCUACAAAGAGUCCAAUUGGUUUAAAUCUGAAAAACAACUUUUCACCAGAACAAUAAAAUUUGUAAUACAUAAUUUUAUAAAAUAACAUUUUAUUCAUUUUUGAU